CUCUCCCUCGUGCGGACACCUCAUCACAUCCAUCGCAAAAAGAAACGACCGAAGAAGAAAAGAGAAAAUAAAAAUAAAAAAAAAGAAAAAGAAGAGCAGAGAGAGAGAGAGAGAGAGAGAGAGAGAGAGAGAGAUCACAAAGAGGAGGAGGAGGAAGAAGAAGAAACUUUUCCGAUUCCCCCUCCCCGAAUCGCCUCUCUUCGAUCCGCAGCUUCUCCCAAACGCGAAUUCCACUCCCGAUUGCGGCUUAUUCGGAAAGCCGAGUCCUUGUGAUUGGUUGCAUGGAAUAGAGGGAGUGGAUGCGGAGAUAAGCAGAUUGAACUUGCAUCUUCGUCGUAAUCUCAAGGGGUGCUGCUAACUACGGAGCAGUGCCCGAUGGACGCGACCACGAGCGGAGCCUCCCCCUCCAUCCCUUUCCUCAACAUUGUCGAUGAGCCCCCCCUCUCCCUCGCCCCGCCUUUACCCCAAAACUUCCAACGAUCCCAGCGCCACUGCUUUGGCAACUCCGCCCCCGGCGAAUUCCCCUUAGCUGCUAGCCCUUCUGUCGUGCUCCAUGUCCUCACCGCAUCCGACCUCGACCCCCAGGACCUUGCCAAACUCGAGGCGACAUGUGCGUUCUUCAGGAAGCCAGCGAAUUUCUCACCGGAUUACCAGUUGUCCAUGUCGGAAGUCGCGGCAUUGGACAUGUGCCAGAAAAGGGCGAUAUUUAAGCCCAUGACGAUGGAGGAGAGAGAACUUCUUAAGCAGCGGUGCGGGGGGUCGUGGAAGCUCGUGCUUAGGUACAUUCUAGCUGGUGAGGCAUGCUGCCGCCGCGAGAAGUCGCAGGCGAUCGCCGGGCCCGGGCACAGCGUUGCAGUGACCUCGUGCGGUUCAGUCUACACCUUCGGUUCCAAUGGCUCGGGCCAGCUCGGGCACGGCACCUUGGAAGAGGAGUGGCGGCCGCGCAUUAUAAGAUCAUUGCAAGGCAUUCGGAUCAUCCAGGCUGCAGCUGGAGCCGGACGGACAAUGCUGAUCAGCGAUGCGGGUAGGGUUUAUGCAUUCGGGAAAGACUCAUUUGGAGAGGCGGAAUAUGGGGCACAAGGGUCUAAAGUUGUUACGACACCCCAAAUGGUGGAAUCAUUGAAGGACAUAUUUGUGGUUCAAGCGGCAAUCGGGAACUUCUUCACUGCUGUUCUGUCUCGAGAGGGGAGAGUCUAUACUUUCUCUUGGGGUAAUGAGACGAAGCUAGGGCAUCAGACGGAGCCGAAUGAUGUUGAACCCCGUCUUCUCUUGGGUCCUCUUGAGAAUAUCCCGGUGGUGCAAAUUGCAGCUGGCUAUUGCUAUCUCCUAGCAUUGGCGUGCCAACCAAGUGGCAUGUCGGUUUACUCUGUGGGCUGUGGUCUAGGAGGCAAGCUCGGGCACGGUUCGAGGACCGACGAGAAGUACCCGAGAUUGAUCGAGCAGUUCCAGGCUUUGAAUCUGCAGCCUAUGGUCGUGGCGGCGGGUGCAUGGCACGCCGCCGUUGUAGGGCGGGAUGGGCGUGUGUGCACGUGGGGUUGGGGACGGUACGGCUGCUUGGGCCAUGGCAAUGAGGAGUGCGAGUCCGUCCCUAAAGUAGUUGAAGCCUUGAGUAAGGUCAAGGCCGUCCAUGUUGCUACUGGUGAUUACACGACUUUCGUUGUGUCGGAUAACGGGGAUGCGUAUUCAUUCGGCUGCGGAGAGUCCUCAAGCCUGGGGCAUUCAGCUGCGGUUGAUGGACAGGGCAACAGGCACACUAAUGUGCUUACUCCAGAACUAGUCACCUCUCUGAAAAAUAUCAAUGAAAGGGUGGUACAAAUCAGCCUCACAAACUCGAUAUACUGGAAUGCGCACACGUUCGCUCUCACCGAAUCGGGUAAGUUGUACGCGUUUGGGGCGGGUGACAAGGGCCAGCUCGGCAUCGAACUCGUCGCGCAGCAAACCGAGAGAGGGAAUCCGGAAAGGGUCGAAAUCGAUCUCAGCUAGCCUUCAGUUAGCUCAUGGAGGCAGGCGUAGUGCUUAUUCCGCUUAUUCCUCUACAUUUAAUCCUGUUAAUUCUUUUGGACUUCUUUAAUCUCUUCUGCUGACUAUUCCUCUGAUUAUAACAAAAGGCAUCUGAUGUUCAUAUGCUGUCGAAAUCUGCUUUUAGAAUUCAUGUUCAUAUGUAAAUAGUAAGGAACAAAACAUGGGUCGCUAGUUGCAUGCUCAGGCUUGAAAAGUAGAUAGCUGACAUGCUGUUGAUAGCUCUUUAGUUUAAGGUGUGCAAAUUAAAUUCAAAUGCCUUCAUUUCAUUUGACUAA